CUUUGUUUGUUAAUCUUAACCCUGAGUGGAUAUUAACUUCAGAAGUGACUGUAAAUUAAGCGGUUAUGAGAGGCGGGUUAUUAACAAGAAAAUCGUGCCUUCUGGAGCCUGGACACAACUUUACAUUUGGCAAUGGCUUAAAAUUGAACCAAGCUGAGUGCAUCAUUCUGGCCAAAUAGGCACAUGUUACUGCUGAAACAUGCCCUUACCAUUCGGAUUCAAACUUAAGAGAACGCGAAGAUAUACUGUGUCAAGUAAGAGCUGUCUGGUGACACGCAUACAGUUGCUUAAUGGCGAAUUUAUUGAGUUUACACUUUCUGUGGAGAGCACAGGCCAGGAAUGUCUGGAAGCAGUUGCACAGAGACUCGAGUUACGAGAGAUAACAUAUUUCAGCCUCUGGUACUUCAACAAACAAAAUCAGCAAAGAUGGAUUGAUUUAGAAAAGCCACUGAAGAAACAACUCGACAAGUAUGGACAUGAGCCCACUGUUUACUUUGGAGUUGUGUUCUAUGUGCCGACCAUUUCCCAGUUACAGCAGGAAAUAACCAGAUACCAGUAUUACCUUCAGCUGAAGAAAGAUAUUCUUGAGGGAAGAAUUCCAUGCUCAAUUGAACAGGCAAUCCGGUUGGCGGGCUUGGCUGUACAAGCUGACUUUGGAGAUUUCAAUCGCUAUGACUCGCAGGACUUUCUUCAGAAAUAUGUGCUUUUUCCUAUUGACUGGAUUCAAGAUGAGAGGGUUGUGGAAGAAGCCACUCAAAAAGUUGCCAUGCUUUAUCAAAGCUACAGAGGUAUGCCGAUUCCAGAAGCAGAAAUGCUGUACAUGCAAGAAGUGGAGAAGAUGGACGGUUAUGGUCAGGAAAGUUUUCAAGCAAAGGAUAACCAGGGUACAGAUAUACUUAUUGGAUCCUGUCUGGAUGGGAUUUUUGUCAAGCACAAAAAUGGACGUCCACCUCUUUUAUUUCGGUGGAAUGACAUUAAUAACAUGACUCACAACAGGUCUUUCUUUGCCUUGGAGCUGGCCAACAAAGAGGACACCAUUCAGUUUCAGACUGAGGAUAUGGAGACGUCCAAAUAUGUGUGCAGAAUUUGCCUCGCACGGCACAAAUUUUAUAAGAUUAACAAGAGUACUCUAGAGGAAUCUGAUGCCCCACCUUCUGAAGACUCCCAGAAGUCCAUUCUUACUCUUUCAUUUCCUCGCUUUCCAUUACUCUCUCGUCCCUCUCUGGCUUCUAACAAGGGACAAGCUGAACCAGCACCUGUGAACCCAGUUAGGCGACGCUCCUCCACACGAAUUUCUAUGCCCAAACCUCAAACCUACAUGCUGCCGCCCCCUCAGUUGCACUACAAUGGUCACUAUCCAGAGCCUUACACAUCCUCUCAAGACAACCUGUACAUGAACAAUCACAAUAUUUACUACUACCACUCUCAGACCAGUCUUGACCGCUCACCACAUGAGUAUAACGGAAGGAUCAGGAAUGGCAGCGUCUACAGUGCUCAUAGCACCAGCUCCCUCACCAAUCCACAGCAUUAUCUACAGCCUUCACCCAUGUCCUCGAACCCAAGCAUCACAAGCAGUGAUGUCACUCGGCCCGACUACUCUCAGCGACACAGCAUACUGGUCCCACCCUCGUACCGUGCUACACCAGACUAUGAGAGUGUCAUGCGCCAGAAGAACCGCAGUGCCAUGGUGACUAUGCCUGAACGCCAUAGCCACUCUAUGAGAAACCUUAACAUUGGCAACUCAUACGCUUACAGCAGGCCUGAUCCACUUGUGUAUAGCCAGCCAGAGAUCCGUGAGCAUGUAGGAACUGCAGCUCCGUAUCACCUUAACUACAGCUUCCACAGCCCAUUACCAUACCCAUAUCCCGGUGAGAAACGGCCUGUGGUGGGCGCUGUCAGUGUGCCUGAGCUGACAAACGUUCAGUUGGCGCAAGCCCAUGCCUACCCCCCACCAAAUAUCAUGAGGGCUCAGGUGUAUCGACCACCCCCACCAUACCACUACAGCCGCCCGCGCCCGGCAAACAGCACGCCAGACCUGUCGCGCCACCUUCAUGCAAGCAGCAGCAGCCCUGAUCUGAUUACUCGCCGUGUACACCACUCAGUCCAGACAUUCCAAGAGGACAGCUUACCUGUUGCGCACUCUUUACAAGAAGUGAGCGAGCCACUGAUUCCUACCACUGCACGCCGUCCCUACAUGCACAAGCGCAACUCUGUUGAGCUGGCUGGCCUUACUUAUGGUAUGGAGAACAUACGGCUAAAGGAGAGAACUGUUUCCGCCUCUGCCACAGAGACUCACCCUCCACCUGUCUCCCCACCUGUCGCUCCCCCCGCUGUGGCUACGAAGUCUGAUCUUGAAAGCUUUCAGGAGAGGACUGAGCCCCAGGACGUAAUUCUAAAAGAAGACCUGCAUUUUGGACACAAAAAGUCCCUUUCCAAUGCCACCAUGCUGGUGCACAGCAGCGGGGAGGAGGAGGAUUUUGAGGAUGACAGUGGACGACACACACCCCAGUCACAGGAUGUUCCUGCUGCUCAAGAGCAACUUAAUAUUCUGGACCUCCCUCUCAUGGAAACACCUCUGCCUGCUUAUUCUUUCAGUCCCAGCUUAGAUCCAGUUAUUACCAAUCCGCUAAGCUUUCAACCUCAGCCUCGCAUCCAUGAGCAGGAUGAGACUGUGCCAUUGUAUCUGUUAAGUGAGGUUACCAUCAUGCCUUCGGUUUCGGAUAGCGAUCUCAGCAGCCCUGGCUAUGCAAAGCCCAAAAGAGAGAUGAUUAAAAAAAGACCUGUCUCAGAUGUACCCACUGCAAGAAGAAACAUUGAUGGCCUUCCACCAAAUGGCAUGAAGAAAAUAGGACGUUCUGAGAAGAAAAUGGGCCCUGUAAAGCAGGCAGCCCUAAAUGGCCUGUCAUUGUCCAGAAUGCCUGUUUCAGAUGAGAGCAAAGACGACGCGGGGAAAGCCUCCAAUGAUGAUCGGUGUAAGCUCCUGGAGCAGCGUCUGGAACAGGGCAUAGUGAUUACAGAAUAUGAACAAAUACCAAAGAAAUGGCCCAACAGAGAGUGCAGCAUUGCACUGCUGCCUGAGAAUGCAGAGCGAAACCGCUUUCAAGAUGUGCUGCCCUAUGAUGCCACACGUGUGGAACUAGUGCCCACUAAGGAAAACAACACGGGUUACAUCAACGCCUCUCACAUUAAACUUACAAUCGGUGGAGAAGACUGGAAUUAUCUUUCAUGUCAGGGUCCUCUCUCUAACACAUGUCAAGACUUCUGGCAGAUGGUUUGGGAACAAGGAGUUGCCAUCAUUGCAAUGGUUACCGCUGAAGAGGAGGGCGGUCAUGAAAAAAGCUUCCGUUACUGGCCUCGUCUAGGCUCCCGUCACAACACAGUUACAUAUGGGCGCUUUAAAAUCACCACACGUUUCCGCACAGACUCAGGCUGCUAUGCCACCACAGGCCUGAAGAUUAAACAUCUUCUGACAGGCCAGGAGCGAACUGUCUGGCACCUACAGUACAUAGACUGGCCUGACCACAGCUGCCCAGAGGACUUUAAGGGCUUUUUAGCGUAUUUAGAAGAGAUCCAGUCUGUAAGGCGACACACCAACAGCAGCAGUGAUCCAAAGAACACAAAUCCGCCCGUGUUGGUGCACUGCAGUGCAGGGGUGGGUCGCAGUGGCGUGGUCAUUCUCAGUGAGAUCAUGGUCGCUUGUCUGGAACAUAAUGAGAUGCUGGACGUCCCUAAUGUUCUGAGCUUGCUGCGACAACAACGCAUGAUGAUGGUGCUUACUGUUGCACAGUACACUUUCAUUUACAAAGUGCUUAUACAGUUUCUUAAAAACUCCAGACUCAUAUAAAUAAGCUCACAGAGUGUUGACUAAACUGGCAAAGCCAUGGACGAUGUGUUCUGUCAUAACUGGAGUAAAACUUUAGGCCUCAGGGGAUUUUGCAAAAGGGUGCCAAAGGGUAGUGUGCUGUAGGAAGACUGAUAAACUGCAGUCCUCUUGCUUCCACUCCAUGAGCCCCUUUCUCUGAGUGUAAGUGAAGGAUCAGAACUUGAUUAGGUGGGUAUGAAGUAUGCUGUAAACCAGUGUAAUAUGUUCUCAGUAUUCAGUAUUAAUCAGCUUUCACUGUGGAGUUUUACACUACAUGAUUACUGCUAAAUGAAUCCCAGCACUUUUACUUUACUGUAUAUAAAAAUGACACUAAUGCUGCAUUUUUAUUGGUAAAUGUGUAAC